AUGUUUUCGAUUAUCCAAUUCUCUGACGAACAGCAUGAGCAGACAUCCCAAGAACAGGAUUUGCAGAGAUGCCCUCAUUGCAAUGAGCUUGGCCAUGUCCGAAUUAGUAGUCAACACUGCCGUUUCAAUCCUCAACGUGUUGCGAUUCGCGAAGCCAAUGAGAACGAUGUCCCUGUACGCAUGUGCCGCUGUGGUUCAACCGAUCACCAAAGAGUCAGUCAUCAUAGCUACCCUCUGAACUCUGCAAACAUAGAAGGGGCUUCCCAAGAGGAGACCCCUGUUGCAAGAAUCUCAGCCGAGGUGAUACCGCAACGCCAUUCUUCAGGAACCAUGACAGCACAGUGCCCCCAUUGUCAUGCUUGGAUGUGGAUUGAUGAGCGUAACGAAGGAUCAAGAAACAACCCCAAAUUCGAGUUGUGUUGCGGCAAGGGAACCAUUGUGCUUCCUGCUCUUAAAGAAACGCCACCAGAGCUAUCCCAAUUGCUACGAGACAAUACUCCUCGCGCCAAAGAUUUUCGCAAGCACAUUCGAGUUUUCAACAACGCAUUGAGUUUUACAUCUCUUGGUGUCCAAUUGGAUGAUUCGGUUGCCAACUCUGAACAUGGCGCGUACAAUUUUCGUAUCCAUGGAUCUGUGCAUCACCGAAUUGGUGGGUUGCUUCCCAACAACAACGCAACGCCAGCCUUCGCACAAAUCUAUGUCCAUGAUCCUGAUGCAACAGCUGAGCUUAACUCCCGAGCAAAUGCUGCAGGCCGUGGUUUGAGUGGUGUGGAUGAACGUUGGAGGAUGAAUAUACUUGCUGAGCUACAAGCGAUGAUGCAUCGAAUCAAUCCAUUUGUCUAA